GGUUCCUGGGGACUUGGACACAACUGUGUGCCCAUUCUUCCCUUUAGAUCUGCCUCAGGAGGGACCGACACACUGCAUAGGUAGCGCAGUGUUGCUGAGUGAGCUGGGGGCAAAGCUGGGAUCAGGCACACUAAGUGCCCUUCUCGAGGAAUGUGUGCUCAUGGGAGCUUAGAAGACCCCAAAAGUGUAAGCCAUCACAAGUUAAUUCAUGCUGCUUCAGAGAGGGUGCUGAGUGACACUAAAACAGUCUCGGAAGAGAGCAUCCAGGACAGAGAUGUCCUGUUAUUGAUAAAAAAGCGUGCUCCGGAGCCACUUCCUAAGAUGGCUGAGGUCUCAGCAGAAGAAAAGAAAAAACAAGACCAGAAAGCUCCAGAUAGAGAUGCUAUCUUCCGAGCAACAGCCAACCUGCCCUCCUACAACAUGGACCGGGCCGUGGUCCAGACCAACAUGAGAGAUUUCCAGACAGAACUCCGAAAGAUAUUGGUGUCUCUCAUCAAGGUGGCGCAGAAGUUGUUAGCACUGAACCCAGAUGCAGUGGAAUUGUUUAAGAAGGCGAACGCUAUGCUGGAUGAGGACGAGGAAGAGCGUGUAGAUGAGGCUGCUCUGCGGCAGCUCACGGAGAUGGGCUUUCCUGAGACAAGAGCCACCAAGGCCCUGCGGCUGAGCCACAUGUCAGUGCCCCAAGCCAUGGAGUGGCUGAUUGAGCACGCCGAAGACCCCACCAUAGAUGCACCCCUGCCUGGCCAGGCCUCUCCCCCAGCUGAGGGGGCCACAGCAGGUGCCUCUGAGGCUCCUGCUGGAACCAGCGCAGACGACGAGGAGGCCAGGGAUGAAUUAACGGAGAUCUUCAAGAAGAUUCGGAGGAAAAGGGAAUUUCGGGCUGAUGCUCGGGCUGUGGCUUCCCUAAUGGAGAUGGGAUUUGACGAGAAGGAAGUACUGGACGCCCUCCGUGUGAACAACAACCAGCAGAACGCAGCUUGCGAGUGGCUGCUGGGGGACCGGAAGCCCUCGCCUGAGGAGCUGGACAAGGGCAUUGACCCCGACAGCCCUCUCUUCCAGGCCAUCCUGGAUAACCCCGUGGUGCAGCUGGGUCUGACCAACCCUAAAACACUCCUAGCAUUCGAGGACAUGCUGGAGAACCCACUGAACAGCACCCAGUGGAUGAAUGAUCCAGAAACGGGGCCGGUCAUGCUACAGAUCUCUAGGAUCUUCCAGACACUGAACCGCACAUAGGCAGUGCUGUCCCCUCGGCUGUCCAGCUGCUGCAGCCUCCUCAGGAGCAGCGGGAGAUGGGGAGAGGGUGCCUCGCCCGGAGACCACCCCCAGCGCCCGGCUGGGCUGUAGGAGGAGCCAGCGCUACCCUUGCUCCCUGCCCUCGCUGCUUACAGCCUUCUGCGCUGUAUUGCGUGAGGCCGCGCUUCGAGCAUGUGACAGGCUUUUACAGAGGUGGCUUCAGGCUGGGAAGCAGAAGGGCAGCCUCCUCUGCGGAGCUCCCCUCCGGCUGGCACAGUACUGCCUGAAUUGACCCUUUGGCGUUUGCGUGUGGAGCCCACGUGUUUGAAGAAAGGCACGUUUCAGUGCAAAGUGUCAGUGUCAAACUUACCACUUCAGCUGCAGUAAUUCACAGAUGACUUUUCUUUAAUAAAUAAAAUCCCCUUUUCCUA